AUGGCACCGGCUCCCAAGCGGCCCGUUCGUCCGGCCGAGCGGGCAGCCAGACUCCGCAGCAGCCAGCGCAAGCACAAGGACAAGGUGAAGCACCGCAUCAUCGACCUCGAGUCCAGGCUCCUCGCCACGGAGCGCAGGCUCGAGCGAGCCCUGUCCGCCAUAUCCGCCCUGUCAGACGGACUGCGCGCCGUCGCCGAGCAGAACAAGCGCCUGCAGCCGCGGCGAUGCAGCUCCGAGCCCCUCACCAGCAACCCGUCGUCGUCGCGCGCGGCGCAACUCUCCGAGGCAGCCUCCCGCAGGCAAGAGGAGCACGUGCGGAAGCUGACUCUCCCCUGGGAGAACGACGCCAACCCGGAGGACUUUUCGUGGAGCUCUGCCCUUUUGGAGGGCGUCAACAUCGGCGAGCGCGGGGACACGGGGCCGGCGGCCUCGUCGAGCUCCGCGGUCGGGGGGGAUGGGUGCGCGGACGAGUCGACGCCGGGCACAUGCGAGGGCGGAAGCCUGGACACGCAUGGCACCGCGGCGUCGGAGGAAGGCCCGGCAGAGGAGCUGCCGCACGAAUCCUACGACGGCGUCGACAUUGCUGCUAUGCGGGACUGGAUCGACCCCCGGUUCGAGAAGGCCCGGCGUCCGGACAGCACACCCCUCUUGGCGGCAGCGGCGCCCUCGGCAACCAAGCUCGUCAUCGUCGCCUCCGAGAACCCCGUCAAGAUCGGAGCGGCGCGCGACGGCUCCUCGCGCAUGUUCCCCGGCGUGCCCGACCAGCCGUCCACGGACCAAGAAACCCUCGGCUCGGUGGGCAUCUUGACGGGCGACGUGGUGCGUCGGCAGAGCUACUACUCUGAAGACGUGGCGUUGGCCUUGAUCCCGCUCAAGAGGGCCCAGCUCGCAUUUUGA